GGCCCGCGAGGCUCGUCGCAGACAACGCGGCGGCGAUGUCCGCGCGCCAGGCGAGUGCCGCGGCGGCAGCGGCAGGGCCUCGCGCGCGCCAGGGCGACCUGGGCUUCGGCCUCCCUCCGGUUCCUAGGAAGCGGGCCGGCGUCCAGCGCGGGGGAAGCAGCAGAGGCGGAGGCGGCUCCGGCGCGGCGCUUUGCUCCCCGUCCGCCUGAGCCCCGGGGAGGCCGGGCGGCCCGGGGUGGCGGGUGGAGGGGGCGGGGGUCCCCCCCGCCCGAGGAUGGGCAUUCUCUUCACCAGGAUCUGGAGGCUGUUCAAUCACCAGGAGCACAAAGUUAUCAUUGUUGGUUUGGAUAAUGCGGGGAAAACGACCAUUCUUUAUCAGUUUUCCAUGAAUGAAGUUGUACAUACAUCUCCUACAAUAGGAAGUAACGUAGAAGAGAUAGUGGUUAAUAAUACACGUUUUCUAAUGUGGGAUAUUGGUGGCCAAGAAUCUCUUCGUUCUUCCUGGAACACUUAUUAUACCAACACAGAGUUUGUAAUAGUUGUUGUGGACAGUACAGACAGAGAAAGGAUUUCUGUGACUAGAGAAGAACUCUACAAAAUGUUAGCCCAUGAGGACCUAAAGAAAGCUGGAUUGCUGAUUUUUGCUAAUAAACAAGAUGUUAAAGAAUGCAUGACUGUAACAGAAAUUUCCCAGUUUCUGAAACUAACUUCUAUUAAAGAUCACCAGUGGCAUAUACAGGCAUGCUGUGCUCUUACUGGCGAGGGGUUAUGCCAAGGACUUGAGUGGAUGAUGUCACGACUUAAGAUUAGAUGAUCUCUGUGACCUCCUCUCUCAUGAACUUUGUUAUGAACGAAGUGCUGGACUUUACCUGAAAGCUGCAAAAAUUCAUGGUUUAGAUAUAUUUAUAAUAAACUGAUUUAAACUUUUUCUAUAAGAAGAAAAAUUAGGACCACUUAUUUGAAAACAAAGAUGAAGCCUCACUCCCAAUCUACUUUCUCAUUAGUUCCUUCCAAAGCAAGGUCUUAAAGCUGUGAUUGACAUUUUUCUUAUAAUGAAUCCUCUCAGGACAUUGUGUGGCCUGUGGUAAGUAUAAAGGGAGAGGAAAACAUUUUAACUUCAAGAGCUUUAUUAUCAGUAUAACCCUCCCUAGUUGAAUGUUGUUCUCUUGUUUCAUUAAGUCAGAAUACAAAUCAGCACAAAUCAGUUUCAUCUUUUAAAAUGUAAUGUUACUUAUAAAAAGUAUUUUGCAUAAACUUGUGUAUGUAUUGUGUAAAUACCUCAAGUUCCAGUAAAUGACUUUGAUUUAUGUUCUAAGGAAAAGUGGAUAACACAAAAAUUAAUAAUAUUCCUAGUAUAACCAUAAUACAGUGAGUUCUGGUAUUGAUGUUAAUUGCCUUUUUGUACUUUUCCUCUGUGUUCUCUGUCUUGUACUAACCUCCCACACCACCACCGCCCCCAAAAUUAUUUAGCUGCUCUUAAAAACAAAAGAAAGAAAAAAAGGGAAAAGCUUGACAUUGGGUACCUAUUUUUUUGUUGAUCAAAUCACAUGCAUGGAAACAUAAUCCAGUUGAGUGGAUUUCUUAUCAUAUUCUUGCUUAGCGUCGAUGGUAGAAUUUCCCAUUAAACUAUCAGCUGUUUCCUUUUAUUGGCGCUUAUGCCAUCUGGGUUACUGACUAAAUUACUAAUCCAUUAAUAGUCAGUCAUUAAUUAUGGUUAAAAUCAGUGAUUUUUUUCAGCAUUAGUGGAAAGCUGUUUUAUAAAACAUGUCUAUCCAGACAAGUAUCACCCUAUAAAUACUAUUAAAUAAUUAAGCUAGAAUCUUCUUAAUUUAGGUAUUUAGUUAAAAGCAUUUGAAGUGAAUUUGAGAUAAAGCUUAUUUCCCAAGCAACAAAAAUUUCUUGAAUUAAAAUUUUGUUUCUUAGGAAUUAGAAUAAUUUGAGAUAUUUCUGUUUCUGUGGGUUUUCAUUUUAUGUUCUUAUACCAGUAAUUCAUUGUUUGACAACUACAAAAUGCAAAUUUUUAAUGCUAUUAAGAACAUUAAAAAUCUAUUUUUUUUAAACUAAGAAGUAAUGGCUCAAAAUAUCUUUUCUGUUUACUUAGGUUUUUGUUUUAUGCCUUUUUAAUUUCAUAAAAUCAGUGGUAUUUCUGUUGUAACUGUACAGACACUUAAGUGUGUUUAAACAUAUUUUUGGGAUACUUUGUGAAUCUCAUGCUCUCAAAAUCUGAAGGCAAAUCCAAACUGGCUUGUUACCAAAUAUUCAAAGAAAUAAAAUAAUGACUUAGAAUUCAUAAGAAUUUUGAUUAGAAAUAAUACCUAGCAUAUUCUAUAAACUGGCAAAACUUUGAAAGUUAUUUUCUAUAAAAUAUACAAUGCUUAAUAUCUAAAUCCAGGUCAGCAUGGAAGAUCUAUGUUGAAUACGGAAUGUUUUGUAGUUUAUAAUGUUUAAAAUGCAAGCAUAAAAUUUUAAUAUUUGCCAGCAUGCUUUGACAAAAGUAAAUCCUAAAUUCUUAAACUUGCUCAUAUUUAAUGUUUUAAAAUCUCAGUAAGGAUUUACUUGUAUAUUAAAAACUUAAAUCUGUUUUGUUUUUGCUGCAGUUUCAUCAGAGACAAAUAUUUCUUAAAAUCACCCAGCAAAUCCAUUACGUUUUAUCCUUUUCUUUGAAUAUCGUGUAUUUUUUAAUUGCUGCCAUAUCAUUUCAACAGUAUACCAGCCCAUUUUCUUGUCAUCAGGUAUUGGUUGAAAUGUAUUCUUAAUUAGGUGAUUAAAGCAUGUACUACAUUGUUAGAGUAAAUAAUCUACCAUGAAAGCUCGUGGUAGAUUAUUUACAUUAACAUUAUGAGAAUGCACGAAAUCUUAUAUAACACAUUUAAAAGACCUGAUUUUUUUUUUUUUGUUAUAUUCUACCCUUGUAAGCAUAAGAAACAUGGUGGUAUCUCUGUAUCAUGCAUAAAAUCAAAAUUGGGAGAAAAUUUAAAUUCAGGUAUGAAAAUAUGUCAAAAUAAUGUUAACAGUAUUACUUCCGGAUACGGUGGAAAGCUUCAUAUGUUGGCAGUUUACAUGCAGCUUAAGAUUUCCAUCUUAACAAAGGACAAUGCUCUUGUUUGUAUAUUCCUUCUGGGUAUAAACAGAUAUUUAUGGUCAUUGUGCUCAGCUUUAAAAAGAGUAAAGCUUCAUACCUCUGUACAUGUGGGUGGAUUUAAAUAUCAUGUGUUUGAUACUAAUUUUGAGUAACUUCUUGAUAACCUGGUAAAAGUAACUGUAUGCUAUAUUCAUUUAAAUAUGUUUAUUUUGUCAUAAUAGCAUUUUAAUUUAUAUCUUACAAAUUAUGUGAGGAUUCUUGUUUGAAAGUUUCACUUCUACAGCAGCUCUCAUGAUAGGGCAAAGAGUAUAUUGAAAGCAGAUGGUUUGGGGGAUAGGAGGAAAGAGGUAGGGAAUAAAUCAUGACAUUUUGCCUUAAGAAUUAAGCAUGACUUUAGCACUGCGGACAGGCACUUUUCAUGCAGGUAUAGUAAAGUGGUUUUAGAAGCGUAGUGUGAAAUAGAACAAAAGUUUCUGUUUCUCAUCCUUAAGAAGUGCCUCAUCAGUAGUUACAAUGAGACCACAGAGAAGCACAGGGAGCUUGAGGAAAAGCAGGAAAUCCCCGGUUGGUUUUCCAUUUUGUCUAAAUGUAUAGUAUUGAGAUGCCUAGAAAUGGGAUUCUAUUGUCCCUGAUCUUUUAGGCACUUUACAUUUCUUGCUGUGACUACGGCAACCACAAAACAGUACAGACAACCUCAAAAUCUGUUUAUAUUAGUGUAAAUAGAAAAACUUCAGAGAAUUUUCUAGUUUUCUCUGCAGGCAAUUUUGAGAAUAUAUCUGUAGUAUGUUCUACUAUGUAUAUAGGGGAUUGCAGCACAUCGCAGACUAUCUGAGGACCUUGGGGUGAUAUCCCAAUUGCCCAGAUAAUAUCCUAUCAGUCUCUCUUCCAAGGCUGAGUAAAAACAGAUUUCUUUGCAUGAUUUAACUGUGACUUCUUUGUCCAAUAUAAUCUGGACGUUCUUGCUUCAAGAUUAGCUUUCCAUCUCUUCUGAUAAAUUAUCCAAACUCUCUAUAUCCAUUGUUCCCCAAAGUAGUUUCUGGGGUACUCCAGUUCUUUGCUCUCCUCCAACCACUGACUUGAUUGGUCUGUGUCUUGUUCCUGUGAGAGUAUUAUCAGAAUUAUUGAGUCCAUCAACAGACUGGCUUGCUGGCUUUAUAGUUUGUGAAUGCCAGUCGUAUAAUUCUUUAAGUUAUACUCUACUUAUCAUCUUAAUGUUUCAUAAAGUUUUGUCUUUAUGUCGAUAAAAACUAAAUUCAGAUUAAGAAGAGACUACCUAGACUGCCACUUCUUUGAGUUAUUCUUCAUGGAGGGAUGUAUAUUAUCUUCCCAUUACCAAAACCGAGUUGUAUUCUAGAGAGUAGCAAUGUGAGUUAGAGAAAGAUGCCAAACCAAAUUUAUACACAGUAUUUAACCUGAAGACUUCUCUGUCUUAAAUCACGAUCUACUUUCCAUUUUUCCUUCUUACGUUAACAAAAAAAAUAAACAUUAGAUGUAUAAAGUAAUUAGUAACAAGAUCCAGUCUUGACAAAACACAUUUGUAGAAAUGACCUUUAAAAGACAUCAGAGUUAUCAUGUGUUAACUUUGUACUUAGAAAAUACUUAUACUUUCACAAAAAUAAAACAUCUGUCUUAUGCCUCCUCAAGGAAUGAGGAUUUUAAUAAAAGAAAUCCAGGAUUUAAAAGUUGGAUGCUUAGCAUUGACUGAUUCUGUUUAAUUCUAAAAAUUGCGUAUGUAAUUGUGAAGAAAUAUAACAGGAUGGAGUUGGGUUAAUUAUGCAAUAUUUCCUAACAGUUGUGUAGCUUUUGUGUAUUCUAAAUACUGAAGUUUGAUUCAUUAUGGUCUUGCCUGCUAGAUGCACUGUUCUUGGUAGAAAAUUCUGAUUGUCUGUACUCAGGAAGUGCCUAAAAUUGAUUUGUGUUGAUUGUUAAGUCCCUCUAAUAAAUUAUAUAUGUAUGUGUUUUCUA